UGCACCAGGUAGUCCUCCAAUCUGCUGAGGACCAGGACUGAAUUCACAUCCUGGUCUGCUGCAGAAAGCCAGCUGUGCAGCUGCUGUUUUUUAAAGAAUCUGCCUGAUUACUGCCAGCCUGCGGCAACAUGCUCUACAGCUGUAACAGAGGAGGAACCUAAUAUUUAGCAAAGCAGGGUGAAUUCACUGCUCAGCAGAGUCAAAUACAGAAAACAGAGGUGAAUGAGGGAAGCUGCUGUUGAAGUGUAUACAGCAGAAAGGGUUGGAGCAAAAUCAGGAGUUAAAGAAACCGACUGAGUUCAGGUUGCAGAGGGUGGAGAAGGAGAGCCAGCAACAGGACGAAUCAGGAGGGAAGAGGGGAGGAAAAAAAGACAACAGAAAAGAAAACGCAGAAGUCCACAGCUGAGGAAGACAAAAGGAAUGAGGUGAAAGUCUAGACAGUUAAAUUGCAGUGGGCUGUGGAGAGCCGGCGGAGCAGAGCGGCGGCAGGAGCGAUUGUGGGCGGGGAGAGAGGAAGUGUGGUCGACAGGAGAGGAAUUUAAGCCCCAUUGUUCUGGAAGAGCAGCGGCAGAGAGAGCCGAGGAGUCGAAGUGCCGACGGACGCUGGACAACAUGGACGUGAGCUCAGCCAUGGAGAAGAUGUCUGUGAAGCCGAGUGCAGGAGAUGCAGCGGUGUGUCACGUAUGUGAGGAGAGCUGCUCUGGAUUCCAGCCGCAUUCUUGGAGGAAAGCCUGUAUCUCCUGCGGCUGCAGCGCGGUCAACCACGCUCCAAGAAGUGACGUCGAAGACGACCAGCGAAUGGGACGCCUGCUCGCGGACUCACCCUGCUCCCAUUUGACAGCGAAGGUCAAAGGAGGCGGCGGCCUCCGCGUGUACAAGAGGAACCGUAUGAUCGUGACCAAUCCGGUGGUGUCGCGCAAAGACCCGACCUUCAACACCACGACGUACGACUGGGCACCGGCCGGCCUCAACCAGAUACUGGCCAUGCAGUACAUGGAGCUCAUCCCGCAGAGACAACGUCCAGUCUCGGGGACAGAUGGAGCGUUGGAGCGACGGAGGCAACUCUUCAGUCAGCUUCCUGCCUACGAUCAGGACCCCAUGAAGUGCCAGAGCCUGGCCAGUGAGGAGGAGAUUUCCUCCAUGCUGCUGUUUGUGAAGAGCUACAAACUGGAGGUGCUGGGAGUCGGGGAGGUGGCCUUGCCUGGUGAGAGCGGAGCUCUGAGGGAAGCAGCCACUCAGAGGACAGCGAAGGACGCCAAGGACAGUGACAGGAAGGAUGCUCUGGAGCACCAGGACCAUGGCUCCUCCAACAGCAGCGCUGCCUCUGCCUCUGGCUCCACUAACGGAACAGAUAACAAGACUGGAUAUCGCUGUACCUGUUGCCAAGGUGAGGUUGCCAAAGCGAGUCCAGCUAUUUACGCUGAGCGUGCAGGUUACCAUCGCGCCCUGUGGCAUCCCACCUGCUUCAAAUGUUCAGAGUGUGGCCAAGGAUUGGUGGACCUGGUCUACUUCUGGUCCAAUCAGAAGCUGUUCUGCGGACGACACUACUGUCAGACGGUCUGGCCGCGAUGCUCCGGCUGCGAUGAGUUGAUCUUCUGUCAGUCUUUCCACACGGCAAAAGAUGGCCGGACGUGGCAUCGGCAUCACUACUGCUGCUGGAAGUGCGGGCAAAACCUGGAUACGCCCUGUCAGCACUGAGACACAAUAUGGUGGUCAGUUUUUAAAAGUUUUAGCACUGCUGAAAAAGCUGAAUUACAGACAAGGCAACAAAAAAACUGUAGUGUCGAGUGUAGUUGGUUUGCUUGUUUUAAAUAAAUAAAAGUAGAGUUUUAAAUCUUUAAAUUUGUGUGUGCGGUGAUGGAGCUGAUGAUGCUAUCAGGAGGUAUUCUGGUCUUCAUCCCCUCCUUUAUGUUCUGGCCCUCUUUAACGUCUGGUAAACACAGAAAAAGAAAUAAGUAAGAGAUAAGUAAUACCGAACAAAUGGGGCUUUAAGUCUUUAAACUUGAUGUUUAUUUGACAUUUACUAUUUAAAAUACGGCAUCCUACAAGUCCAGUUGAUAUAUGGAUGUUUAUAAUACUUAAGACAUCCAGCAGACGUUGAAGUAUUUAAAGACUUGUUCAGUUGAGCCUACUGGUGUUUGAGGUACUCAAGCAAAUGUUAAGUGGACUCAAAAGUGUUUAAAGUACUGAAACAAACAUUUGGUGGAUUUAUUGGCACUUACAUUGUUGACAGUGACCGGACCCAGAUGUGCUGGUCUCAGAUACGAACAGCAGCUUAAAGGACCGAGCAGCAGACAGUUUAGGAAACAAAUGAGUAAAUUAAAAUAAGAUGAGAAAGAAAUGAAUAAACAUAAAAGGUCCAAGCUGGUUCCAGCAGUCUCAACCACAUCACACAUCUUCAUCAGCAGAUUUUCAUGGCGCUGUGGAUGUUCAAAGUUUUUUUUGAGGAUUUUAUUUCCCCUGUUGGCUCAGAAGUUGAGCUUGAAAGUUCUUUUCUUUUAACAGUUUGAGAAAACAGACACAACUCAAGGUUCACUUACUAUCUUGGGAGCUUUUGAUCACAUCACACCGUCUUCAUCAGCAGGAAAAGUUUGAACAUCUACAUCAUGGUCAUUGACUGAUCCAUGACAAAUUAGGAAACUUCACCUGCUGAGGUCAUAAAUUAACUUCCAAGCUCAAUAUUUAGAUUUUAUUUAUUUCACAGGAUGUAUUUCAUCCUGCACAAUGUAACUAAUCUUUUAGGAUAAUCCCAGGUUGGGAAUGAAAUACUGUAUAAUGUAUGUGGAUCUCUCUUCUUGCUUUUAAAAACAGCAUACAUUAUAAUUCACAGUACUUGACGACAGUUGAACUGCGGGGAUAUUUGUACUUUAUAACAGUUUCAAGGACCAGAAAAGGUCAAGAAAACUCGAUUUUACCCUGAAAGUUCUGCUUCAUAUUGACAUAGAUGGUAUGUUAAAGAAGCACACUGCAAACAUAUUGCAAUUUCUGCCUUUAAUGUGUGGAAGUGCAGUGAGAAUAUUUCAACAUAUUUUCAAUAGAGAUCAACUUAUGUUUUGGGUUUUAGUUUGAAUAUGUGCAGAUUUGUGAUUCAUUUUUAUUUCAGACAGAAAAAAUCGAAUUGUUUGAUUUAGAACUUGGAGAACUGGACAGGAAGAAGGCUGGAAAAGGCAUAAAACUAAUUAGAAAUGAAUAGUACUGCUGGAUUUAUUUUUGUAUUGUUUAAACUAGAGUAGAUUUUGACCCCCUGCCUUUUAAUACUCAUCAAAGUUGUGUCAUGUAUUUUUACAAUUAGAAAGUAAGGAUUUUUGCUUAUAAUAUGUAAUUUUCUUCAUUUUCUUCAGUCAAACUGCGGAUACAUUUUGCAUUUAACCUCUUUCAUGAACAUUAAUCUGAAUAAUCUUCUGAAUGCUAAAUUGUGUGUAACGUUUUGUAGUUCGUUAACACUUACCAAAGGUGAUUCAUCUUGUAUAAUAGAUAGUACUGUGAGGUACACAAAGUUUUCGAUGCUGCAAAGUUAGUAUUUUUGCAAUGUGAUGAAGUCUCUUAAAUCAAGGUAGCCAGAAAUAAACAUCUGGGAGAGACGGAAGCUAAUUAGCUUUACUUUUGUUCCAUAACAUCAGCAUAACAUCAGGCAAUGUGCUUGUGUGUUUUUAUUGUCUUUCGAUUGCUUUUUUAAUUGAUUGCUGCUAGAAAACGCUAACUGUUGACAAUUAAGCUCGCAAUAUUGUUUGAAGUGAUCAGCUUAAAUAUGUAGCAAACAGACAAUACUGUUCAAUACAAUGUUAUCUGUGACGGAAAAUAUGUCGUAUAUAGCAAUCUCAAAUUGACUAUGAAUACUAGUUCCAUCUGUGUUUAUCAGUGUGCAAUAAAUCUUCAUACAAAGGUUCGUAUGAUAUCUUACAAAAAACAUAUUUUGUUGUUUUUUGUGCAUUUUCUUACGAAUGUCCAGCAACCUGAGCGAUAAGUGGGAAAAAAUACUACUUGGUUAUGUUUAGGAAAACAUUGUGAUUUAAAAUAUAUACAAAAGUGGCGUUAAAGUCACUUCAAGGAAGUUAAACUUUGUAUUGAUUUUGGCGCCCCCUGUGGACAAAAGCGGUGUGUUUCUGACACACCCAUCCACCUUGGGCUCUUCCCUUCGCGGACUUUGUCGCUCUUUAUACUUCCUGGUUCACAAAUACUUGGAUUACACACAAAGUGAUUACUUGUGUUAUAUAAUAAUUAUAGUGCAUUCCUUUUCAUAGGUAUAGAUAUACGAACAGUGUGUGAGAAGCCUGACGUGUUUAGCACAAAAACUGUAAGCGAGGGUGAAACGGCUAGCCUAGCUUAGCUCAGUCAACUAUAAAAUAAUAGUUUGAUACGAACACAACGAGAUGAGAUAUUUAUCUUUGUCUGGGUAAAAUGACAAACAAGGAUCUGCUCUGUGAAGGAUAUUAAGUUUUUGUGAACAGACCAGAAGCAGGACCUUGUUUAGCGGCUGGUAUGAAAAACUGUUAUAGCUCGUGUUUAAAAUGAAAAAGUUUGAUGCUGUGUUCAAAACUGUCGUCAUUCACAGUUCACAAUAAGGAAUUCCCAGUUAAAUACUAAACUCGGUGCUGUUGUCAGUCGUUGACACAGAUGGUAUUUGGUGAUUUGAAGGUGACCAUCACUUGUUUAGUUCUUUUUUACAUUACAUUGUGGGAUAAAACACAAACCUACAAAACUAAUUACUGAGUUCCACAGUGAAUAGUGAAUGACAUAAAUCAGAUUGUACUGUUUUAAAUCAGAAGUGAUGGUGUUAAAGAGAUUUUUCUGCUGAUCAUGAUUUGACACCUGAUAGAAUUAAAGUCACUUCUGAUUGAACUCCCUGUUGUCUGUCAUCUUUUUGGAGAGAGUGUUUGAUCGGUAAAUAUUUAUAUUUCCACCAACUCAUGUUGAAAGUUCAUCAC